UUUUGUUUUAUUUAAGAUUGCACUUGAAGGAGACAAAUUAUCGACGUCCGAAAUAGUUGAAAGUUUAUCCUCUGACUACAGUUACGGAAGUUUUACAGGACUAAACAUGAUGGACGGAAAAUACACUGUAUCAGUAACUGGUAUUAAUGAAGUUAAAAUGUACAGCCAGAAAACAUCAGACAAUUUUGAUUUAGUCACUGUCCCACCAAGUCUAACAGGAUCACCUAUUAAGACAAAAUGGGUAAAGGCGACAUCAACUGCUACAGCAUCUUGGGAAAAUGUGUUUGCAUCAAAUGACCCACUAUACUAUGAAGUGUCGGCAAGGUUGUCAGAAGGUGGCGAGGGAGAUCUCGUGCAGUGGCAGGAAACAGUGGAUACAAAGAUUGAAAUUGUUCUGGAUACAAAGGAAAUGACAACUGCAGGAGUAACCGUUCGUUUUUCGGUCACUGCAAUAUCGCAUGUAGGACUGUUUACAAUUGCCCAUGGAGACCUGUUCGUUAUACCAUAAGUAGCAAAGUGACUUUAUAAAUAUGUGUAUUAAAUCAGAUUUCCAUAAUUGAUAAAACAUUUUGCAGUAUUUCUUGUUUGACAAAAUGUAACAAAUAGAUUAUUAUAAAUUA